AUACCGGAGGAUGAACAGCGCUUUGGUCUCCAACUUCCUACCUAGGCUGUAAUGGAACAAUUCUGACCUCGAACCUGUCCUUGGAAGAGGCAUGGCCUGGCCUGGCCAGCCAGUCCAACGUUCAACGUUCAACAUUCAAUAACGCAGCAUCUCCAAAUAACCUCAAAGACAAGGGCAAAGCGCCAUUGACAUCAUUCCAUGGCCGUGAGUUAUCCACGCCGCCCUGGAAUUUAGCCCAAGAUACAACAUCCGCAGCUUCGCUUCUUCUCAACUGCCCAACUGGGUAUACUCCGAACAAUUGCCACAGCCAACAAAACCUGCAGCAUCCCAGUUUCUCUUUGCCAUCUUUCCCAACAUCCAUCUGGAGUUGCAGCAGAAAUAGAAAAAUAGAGUAGGUCGGUAACAUCCUAAGUUUUCCACCCAUGCACGACGAAAAGCUUGCUCAACCUCCCUUGAAAAAACUCUGUCAUUAGAUGACUUAGAUUGCCGACCCGAGCCUGUCCCGGUCCCGUUGCCCGUGUUUCUAUUUCGAUCGCACCAGAUUUUCCCCUCUCUCUCCUCUCCACACCUGUAUAUUGCCAGCGGGAGUCCGCCGCGCCAACGCACUCAACAGUAUUCCGCCCACUGCGCUCCCUAUCCACCGGCAUCAGUUUCCACUCCACUCCGCUGUCGAGCUCCCCACUCUCGGUUCACAUCAAGAUCAUCAUCAACCACUCAGUUGAGAGCUGCACCGUACCGCAAGGAAACAGACACACGCAAGCACCCGACAUCAGCCCUUCACAUCCACCAUGAGCGAGCAGGCUAAUACAGCAGAAACCAACAUGAAGAUAGACCCGGCACGCGCAAAGAGCCUCGUAGAAGCCCUUCAGAGCGUACAGAGCCGCAUCACCAAAGCGAGCAACGGAAGGAAUGUCCGCCUAGUAGCGGUCUCCAAACUAAAACCCGCAUCCGAUAUCCAGGCCUUGUAUCAAGCCGGCCAGCGACAUUUCGGCGAGAACUAUGCACAGGAGUUGAUGGAGAAGGCGGAGAUUCUGCCGAAAGAUAUUAAAUGGCAUUUCAUCGGGGGGUUACAGUCUAAUAAAUGCAAACCCCUAACCUCCACCCUCCCCAACCUCCACCUCGUCUCCUCCGUCGACUCCGCCAAAAAAGCCACCCAGCUAAACGCCGGUCGCGCCUCCCUCUCCUCCACCCUCUCCCAAACAUCCUCCUCAUCCUCCCCACUCCCACCCCUCAACAUCCACAUCCAACUCAACACCUCCUCCGAACCCACCAAAUCCGGCGUCACCCCCGGCCAGGAAACAACCCUCCUCGCAAAACACAUCCUACAAACCUGUCCACACCUACACCUCCUCGGGCUCAUGACUAUCGGAUCUAUUGCGCGGAGUCAAGCUUCCGGUCAAGGUUCCGGUGAAGGAGCUGAAAAUGAGGAUUUCGUUUGCUUGAGAGAGGAGAGGGAUAGGCUUGAGAGGGAGCUUGUGGGGGAGGGGUUGUUGAGUGUGAAGAGGAGGGGUGAGGGAGGGGCUGGGGCUGGGGCUGGUGGAGAAGGGGAGGGGGAAGGUGGAUUGGAGGGAGGGUUGGAGUGUAGUAUGGGGAUGAGUGAGGAUUUUGAGGAGGCGGUUAGGGCGGGGAGUGGGGAGGUUAGGGUGGGGAGUACGAUUUUUGGGGUGAGGCCUAGUAGGGAGGAGUUUAGUGUUAAGGGGGAUGUGAAGGGGGAAGAGGGGAAGUCGUGA